GUAAAAACACCAGAGAUACUGCAGGCGAAGCUUUCCAAUCCGCAGUAUUCUCAUAUACACAAUUCAUUACCAAACGGUCCGGGGACCGAGAUCUCUGACCAGAAUCUGGAGUAUCAGCCGCUUCCAAUGUCGGGAAAGCCAUUUGAGAUCAGAUUGAAACAUGGAGUGAUCCGGAAUUUGUUGGUCGACCGUAGUAUACCUACUUGGGAGCUGAAUAUUCUCGACAGUCUCGUGAGCCAGCUGCAGGUUGACACGCAGGGCGAAAACGCGAUAAAGAGCAAGAGCAUUCAGAUCCCGCAGAACGAACAUUCUCACGCCAUGUUUAGUGCCAUGGAGGAUUCCGUCAGUGGCAAAUGCGAGGUUCUCUAUGAAAUCGCGCCGGUGUUGAAUAAUUCUUACCCACAAGAGAGGCCAGAUAGGGUACCUUUCCCGGAAUUACGCGGUGAACACGGUCAACAUUUCAUCGUUAAUAAAGUGAAGAAUUACGAGAGAUGCCAGCAACGAAAAAUUUAUCAAAACGGUCAAUUGAUGAAGGAAUCACUCAAACCACAAGUCGUCUCGCCAUAUACCGUGACUCAACUGACUCUCUCGGGCAAUCUGAAACGUUUCGUUAUUCAAUCCGUCGUAACGAACGCCCAGAUAUCCGCAUAUUAA